UCUCUCUCUCUCUCUCUCUCUAUCUCUAUCUCUAUCUAUCUUCUUUACCUUUUCUUGAACCUCACUCUGAGAAAAUCCUGCAACACAUAUCGCCAUGGUCAACACCGACAUCGCAGAGAUCUUAUGCGUCAAACCCAAGAAGACGACCAUGAAGAUAGAAGGUGAAGUGGUUGUGAUGAAGAAGAACGUUCUUGAUUUCAAAGACGUCAUGGCUUCUCUUCUUGAUCGAGUCCAUGAGCUUCUUGGUCGUCGUGUCUCUCUUCACCUCAUCAGCUCUCUCCAACCCGACCCAGCCAAUGAGAAGAGAGGAAGACUUGGAAAAGCAGCACAUCUGGAGAAUUGGGUAACAAAGAUAAAAACGUCAGUAACCGCUGAGGAAACUGCGUUUGGAGUUACCUUUGAUUGGGACGAGUCAAUGGGACCUCCGGUUGCGUUUGUGAUCAAGAACCAUCACCAUAGCCAAUUCUACCUCAAGUCCCUCACCCUCCGCGGCUUCCCCGGCCACGAAGGCGGUCCGAUACAUUUCCUUUGCAAUUCUUGGAUCUACCCGAAUCAUCGAUACCGCUCCGACCGCGUUUUCUUCUCCAACAAGGCAUAUCUUCCAAGUGAAACACCGGAGCUAAUGAAAGAGCUAAGAGAAGAAGAGCUAAUGAAUCUAAGAGGUGAUGAGAAAGAUGGAGAAUUCAAAGACUGGGACAGAGUUUACGACUACGCUUACUAUAACGACUUAGGUGCUCCGGACAAAGGUCCUGACUCAAGCCGUCCUGUUCUCGGCGGUUCAACCGAUCUCCCUUAUCCCCGCCGUUGUAAAUCCGGCCGUAAACCCACUAAAUCCGACCCCAAGUCUGAGAGUAGGCUGGCAAUUCUAAACCUGAACAUGUACGUGCCACGGGACGAGAGGUUUAGCCUCGUUAAGUUCUCUGACGUUCUAGUUUACGCAAUCAAAGCUGUGACUCAAGUGCUCGUUCCUGAGAUCGCCUCUGUUUGCAACAAGACCAUCAACGAGUUUGAUUCCUUCGAAGACAUCUUUCACCUCUAUGAUGGUAGUAUUAAGCUCGAUACUGGUACCAUUUCUAAGCUCCGUGACAUUAUUCCUUGGGAGAUGUUUAGAGAGCUUAUCCGUAACGAUGGAGAACGGUUCUUGAAGUUUCCUUUGCCUGACAUCCUCAAAGAGAGUAGAUCAGCUUGGAGAACCGAUGAAGAGUUUGCUAGGGAAAUGCUGGCUGGUCUCAAUCCAUUGGUGAUUAGUCGUCUCCAGGAGUUUCCACCAAAGAGCAAUUUGGACUCUGCAAAGUAUGGAAAUCAAGAUAGUUCCAUAAGCGAAGAGCACAUAGAAGCAUACAUGAAUGGCUUCAGUGUCCAAGAAGCUUUGGAACAGAAUAAGCUCUACAUCUUGGACCAUCACGACGCACUAAUGCCUUACCUGAGGCGGAUAAACUCAACAAACACUAAAACCUACGCGACUAGAACCCUUCUGUUGCUUCAAGAAGAUGGAACUCUGAAGCCUCUUGCGAUAGAGCUGAGUCUUCCACACGCACAAGGCGACUCACGUGGAUCAGUGAGCAAAGUUUUCACACCAGCAGAGAAAGGUGUUGAGGGAUCGAUUUGGCAGCUUGCAAAGGCUUACGCAGCUGUUAAUGAUUCCGGUUAUCACCAGCUCAUAAGCCAUUGGUUGCAGACGCAUGCUGUGAUUGAACCGUUUAUAAUUGCGACGAAUAGGCAACUCAGUGUGGUUCAUCCCAUCUAUAAGCUUCUACAUCCUCAUUUCCGUGACACAAUGAACAUCAAUGCAUUGGCCCGACAUGUCCUCAUAAACUCGGAUGGAGUCCUGGAGAGAACGGUCUUCCCGGGUCGAUACGCGAUGGAACUGUCUUCUUCAAUAUACAAGAAUUGGGUUUUCACCGACCAAGCUCUCCCCAAAGAUCUCCUCAAAAGAGGAGUUGCCGUGGAAGAUCCAAACAGCGAGAACGGUGUUAAGCUUUUGAUCGAGGAUUACCCGUAUGCGGUCGACGGGUUAGAGAUUUGGUCAGCGAUCGAAACGUGGGUCACAGAGUACUGCUCAUUUUAUUACAAGAAUGACAAAGCCGUCCGAACCGAUACAGAGAUCCAAUCAUGGUGGACCGAGCUCCGAACAAAAGGCCACGGCGACAAACAACAUGAACCAUGGUGGCCGUCGAUGCAAACACGCGACGCCCUCAUCGAAUCCUGCACGAUCAUCAUUUGGAUCGCCUCUGCUCUUCACGCAGCAGUCAAUUUCGGACAGUACCCUUACGCCGGGUUUCUCCCUAACCGGCCUACGGUAAGCCGCCGGUUUAUGCCUGAACCAGGCACUGAAGAGUACGCUGAGCUGGCAGAAGACGCUGACGUAGCGUUCUUGAAGACCAUCACGCCGCAGUUACAGACUCUGCUUGGGAUCUCCAUCAUAGAGACCUUGUCGAUGCAUUCAACGGACGAGGUCUACUUGGGACAAAGAGAUUCAACGCACUGGACUGCGGAUGAUGAGCCUUUGGAGGCGUUUAAGCGGUUUGGGAAAGAACUGGAGCUGAUAGAGAACAAUAUUAUAAGGAGAAACAAUGACAAGAGGUUCAAGAACAGGACCGGACCUGUUAACAUACCGUACACUCUGCUGUACCCGAAUACUACGGAUUACACUAGAGAAGGUGGGAUUACUGGGAAAGGCAUCCCUAACAGUGUCUCCAUCUAGGGUUAAAUUACUCUUCUUUGAUUAUUGUCUCUUUUUUUAACACCAGAUUUGAAUUAUUAUUGUCUCUUUCUUUUAACUUCAAUUUUUUUAAAAAAAUAUUAUUAUUGGGUUUUGCGUGCUUUCUUUUACGUUCGAAAGUGAAUACAUUAAAAGUUUUUUUCGAAUUUAAA